ACCCCCGCAACACUCGACCCAUAACUCCAGCGCCUAUAAAUACUCUCCACAUCUCUCUACUAAAUAAAACCAUAACUUCACACCCAACAUACACACUCUUCUUACACUGUACAAUUUCUUCUUCUUACAUCCAAAAACCAAAAAAAAAAAAUGGUUUGCUUCUGUUUCCUAGUUGAUCAAACAAGAAAGGUGAGGCAGAGCAAACCGGCCGCCGGAAUAUGCUCCCGCUGCGGCGGCGGCGCUAGCGUCGCCGACAUGAAAACCGCCACCAGGUUUUGCUAUGUGCCCUUCUACUGGAAAACUUGGAGGGCUAUUAUCUGCACUUUCUGUGGUUCCAUUUUGAGGUCAUAUCGGUAAAUUCCACUAUUAUAGGGGUUUCGAGGAAUUAUUAUUUCUUUAUUUUUUUUCUCCCUUUGUUUUUUAUUGGUUAUUACUUAUUUUUUUUGGGAUUUUAGAUGAUUUGUAUUAGGGCUACUAGGGUAUUAAUAUUAAUAAAAUUUUAUUUAAUAUUUGGUUGAUGUACUAACUCCAUUGUUGAUGUAUAAAGUUGAAGAAAUUUAUGUAUUAUUAUGAUAUUUUCUUGCCA